AUGACUACACUGAGGGGCAAGUUGUCCUGCGUUGUGAACGCGGCAAAUACUGAACGCUAUGACGUAAAGCUAGCCCAGAUAUAUCAAGCCACUAGAGAUCUGCAAGCAGCUAUCGAGAGAGCAUUGGUAGAGGAAGUACUCUCCCGAACCAAUAGGGUCGUGAUCGCAGCGGUUCGUGGCGGUGGAGCAGCUAGCGUGAAGCUUCAGUCCCUCUCGGUCUUCGUCACAGUUGAUCGGAUAGAGAUAACGCUGCCUCAGUGGCUCUUGAAUAGCUCAAAGCAAUUGCAAAGUCUCCUGCAAGAUACCAAAACGGGUUAUGAUGAAGCAUUUCAUCGUCGACGGCCAGAGUCGAGUCUUGUACGAGACACCCCAAAGGCCGCCCUGAACUACCUCGUCUAG